AAUCCUGUUGCCGGCUAAUGACAGUGUUUUGGAAACCCUCAUUAAUGUAUUUUCUGUUUGGAGUGAUUUGGGGAUCGGACUUGAGAGGCGAAAUUUAUGUCCAUUUUAAUUUUACGUUAGUUACCGCCCGACAGUCGGUUCCAGUGAAUCAUAGGACGGAAGGAUUUGCUUUAUGGCGGAUUUGGUCAUCAAUUAACGGCACGUUAAUUUUCCAGAAGCCGGCAUGUUUUGAAGCUUCCGUCCCGUUUCAUUAGGCCUGUCCUUUUUAAGGAGGAAAAUAGCUUGGCUUUGAACAAAGGCAGUGGAGAAACCAUGGGUGGGCUGAGGCUGAGGCUCUUGUUCAAGCUUAGAAACUCUGAGAGAUUUGCAGGAGCAUACGAUCAGGAAGAUGACUGUCAAUCCAAAUCCAAAUGUAAAUCUCCGGUUGCUCCUUAUUUCCGCAGAGAUGAAGAAGAGGAAGUUGAGAAUGGGAGGGCUGAGAAGUUCUGCCUGUCGCCUGUAAAUCCUAAGAGGCUGGACAUCAGCUAUCCUUCUCCUGUGAAGAUUAAUUCAAAUGUAGCGGAGAAGGAUAAGGAUGAGGCAAAAGCCGCUGGAGAAACGGCUUUUAAGCGGCAUCUGGCAAAGGCCACGGUCGUAUCAAUGGGGUGCGGCUGCAGAGCCCUGGCCAGAACAGGGCGGCGAAGAAAAAAUGGUGUGAAGAAAGAGCAGAAGAAGAAGGAGAAGGAGAAGGAAAAGGGGGAGGAGGAGAAGAUUGUUGAGAAAGAAGAGGGCGAGGACGCUACUGCUGCUAAUAAAUAUCGAUGGGAAGAGGAAGAGAAAUGGCAUGUUAUUGCCAAGGUGAAGGAUGAAAUUGUUCAGAAGAAGGUCGUUCUCAGGCGGAGAAAUGAAGAGAAAUGUCCGCCUGGCUCGCCUGUUCCGUCUCCUGAGACGGUUUCUGUGCAUUCUUGCUUUGCCAGAAGGAAAAAUAAGAAUGUGCAGAGGAAGAAGAAAACGAAAACAAAGAAGAAAAUUGUAGCAAAGGAUGCAGCUGCUGCGCCUGGUUGUAAUUACAGGCUGAGCACCUCCUCGGCGGACACUGCGGUGGAGGCGACUGCAUAUUCUUGGGACAAUGAUCAUGGCUCCUUCGUCAGCGACGGCAACGACACAUUAUUUUCUGCCUCGGAUUACUGUAAGAGCUUGUCUUCUGAAUCAAGCUUUGAGUUCUACGAGUCUAGGUCGCCGCAUCUGUCGACCAUCACCGAGUCGCCGGCGAGAAACAAUUCUCGGCGCAGCGUCCGCCGUAGCGUCACGCGCAGGAGCAGGUUUUCUUCGUGCAGCCUUUCGCCGGCAAAUGUUUCUCCUCGUGAUGAAACAUGCGAAGAAUUUGCUGAUAAGUUGCCGCUUCUUUCAUCGCCGGAUUCGGGGAAAUUGUUCGAGGUCGAUGAUGACUACCACAGCCCUAAGCAAAGCCUGCUGUCUUCUCGCCUGAGCAGCGACGUGGACGACACAGAUCUUGAAGCAAAUGCCAAAACGUGGAGAGAUACGGGGUUUCCUCUGCGGCGGGAUGAUAUCAGGACCGUCAUUUACAAAUCCUCAGAGCUUCGCUACAGUCCGAAUUGCUUGCCUUUUCCUAUCGUUACCUGCGGCCGAGAAAUGAACGGCAGAAGGAAAAGUAGCGCAAAAUCGAAAAAUCCAACAAAUUCUUCUGCAAAGCCUUCAUAUUCUGCUCUGCCAAGCAAGAAAGGCGAUGGCGGUUUAGGUUCUGAGAGAAAAUGCCAGACCAGGAGGAAGUCGAGCAAAGCUACGAGUUUGACCGACAAACGCGAGAGCAAUAAUGGCAGCAGGCCCAGAGUUCAAGCCCCGGCGCCGCCGGCGCCCGAGAGUAACAACGGCGGAAAAGUCGGCGAAAGCGUGGCGGUCGUGAAAAGCUCGCAAGAUCCAUACCAGGACUUCAGGACUUCCAUGCUGGAAAUGAUCGUGGAGAAGCAGAUUUUUCAGCCUAAUGAUCUCGAGCAGCUUCUGCAGUGUUUUCUCUCGCUCAAUUCACACCAUCACCACGAAAUUAUCGUGCAGGUUUUCACAGAAAUCUGGGGAAACAUCUUCAAUGGCACCAGAAAUCCCUCCACUCCUGUCGCAUUUUUCCAAAACAAUGUCGUCUGAGACGACUGCAUCAGAUGUAAAAUUUUAAUUUUUUUUUAAUUAGUUAUGAAGAAUUUGGAUAUUAAUUGCUGCA